UUUAUAUAUGACAUAUGUACUCUAGAUACACUAUUUACAUAGUCACUUUCUAUAGCACUGCUGUUUAUCUAUAACGUCCCAUAUGUGUAAUGCACUGCUGGCAUCACCCCUAAGUAGUACCCAAACAUACACAUUAGCUUGUAUGUAACAUAUAGUGUACAUAACAAAGGUUAUGUAGAUAUGAAACUCUAUUUUUAUGUAUCGCAUAUCGAUAAUGUUAUACACACCUAGGUGAUGUGUCUGUGACAACACUGAACAUAAUGGACGGAAAUAUAGAUCCAAACCGUAUUAACGUGUCUUUAGUGACGCAUAAUGACUUAUCCAACGGGAAUAAUGAUCAUAAUGCAGUAUGUGCAGACGAAGGGGAGGGGUAUGAUUACGAGGAGUUCGUUGAAGUGGUUCAUAAUAUACUAUGGGAUAUUCUUGACGAACGAAGGCCACUCCUAAGGCGGUUGAUACAUGCCAAGAGGUUAAUAGACGAUCCGCCACCACCCCCUAAGAGGAGCAUAUCUUCCAAGAAGCCACCUCCUCCAGAUGGUAACCAGCUACUAGAGGAGAUUGUACAGGCGAUAUACGAUAUUGACCCUGAACUCAGAAAUGUGGAUCGUGAUAUACUAGACGACAGAUUAUUUGAGCUCUGUCGAAAUCCGCCGCCGGUACCGCCCUCACCUCUCCAGCUAAUGCUCCUGGUAAAGGAUGACAAAGAAUUGGUUUUCAUACACCACGAUAUUAUAUCAAACAUUUUCGCGUAUCUUGACCUCAAGUCGUUGUUGUUAUUCUCGGAAACGUCGAAACUCAGUAAGGAGGCUGUUGAUACCUAUACCAGAAGGGCGGCAUACAAAAUGACGCUACACAGCGGAAAUGUAAAGAAUAACCUUAAUUAUUGGCGGGAAUUGGUGGAGCAUUUUUUCAUUAACCUGGUCACCACCCAGCCGAUUAGCAGGACUAACUAUUCACCCAUCCAGACGCAACUGAGGAUGAACAAGAAUAUCUUCCCGAUCAACGACCAGGCCAUGAAGUCACAUACCUACGUGUCAUUUGACUUUAUUAAGCCGCACUAUAUAGUCUAUUGCGAUAACGACAGGCCAAUGGCACAUACAUGCAAGGCAUCGAGGGCACUUGACUGCGAUAAUAAAGCGGUUUCCAAAUUGAUUAGUCUCAAUGACUUUGUUAUUGAAUACUGCAAGCGGAUGGUGAUUCGCGACGCGGAAUCACCGUCUUGGGGAGUGCCUGCAUCAAUGGUGACGCCAGAGUAUGUAGGUCUAAUGCUAAGGGUGACACUAGGCACCAUUGCCCAGUGCAUCACGAAGCAUGAAGGAUUAGUGGAGUUCCGUAGAACGGAGUAUACCGCCAACGCCACGCACCAUAUAACCCAUAGAAUAUGGUUGCAACUAUCGCUAAAGUGGGACUUCAGAUUUGGCCAAGAAGCGCAGAAUAGUCUGUUCCUGAACAUAUUUGACCAUUUUACUUGGGACGGUUAGAUAUAGGCACAUUUUCAUCACCGAUGAAUAUUGUAUAUACAUCCACAUAGAUGCUCUUGUUAGGGACAUCAACGAAUUUA